AUGGUCGCAGAGCGCGUCCCGAGGUCGUGUCGUCAGGGAGACUGGGCGGCCGCAACACUGGGCGGCAGAGUUUGCUGGCGCGAUCUCGGCGACGAGGGGAUCGCGCGCCGUGUUUGGCUGGCGUCGCCUUCUCCCAGGCCUCACGCACACCCAGCUGGGCACAGGGUCCCGGCCACCGACGCCAUCCUUGCCGAGAUCGCGGCCGACACACUGACACAACAGGCAAACCGAAGCCCCAAAGGACGUGCCUGUCACCCCUCCACGCGAGCGCCGACUGCGCUCGUUCUGCACUCGACCGCCCUGUGUCCCCUCACGCCGCCGACGAGCCUGUUCGGAUUCCCGUCUCUGCCUGCGCUGCUGCAGCGACGUUCGCCCGCUCCUCCGCCGCCUCUCCGCGCAGAAGGCGUCAUCACAUUGUCCGCAUCUGAGAGAUAUCUUGGCUGCCGGGCUAUCCGCAAUUGCACGCCGACCAUUCUCCAUUCGCUCGUCCCCACCAGCCCAGCACUCCCCGCGACAGACGUACACCUCUUCCCUUCACUUACAGCUCCAUCUCUGGCACACGGAGAGGCUGCGACUCCGACCUGCGCUGCACUGGAAAGCAUUGCCUUCGCCCGCAUCGACAUAUCACUCGCGCAUGCCCAAGUCCCGAGCAGCACUACCAUUGAGGCUUCACAGCCUCUGCACCGAGGUCUACCCACCACCGCGUGCACAAUCCCAUCUCCACGUCACAGGUAA